GUGUACUUGAUCUGCACCACUACGCGACACGCCGACGCCACUCCCGCAGACACCCAAUAGGGCUCUUAUUACACCGCAACAUGCAAGCCUUCGAGGACAUACAACCGAACGAGCUGCGUCCGUCCCACAAGGGACGUAAUGUUGUACCUAUCAUCCGCACGUCUCGGCCAUCAGACCACGGUCGAGCGACGCAAGUAAUGAGAUCGAGAGGCUCGGCCCAGUCUGCUGCGUCUACUUCGCAGCCGAGAACUCCCGACCCGGACCCUCGGUUCAAUGACCGACUGUAUAAUGUCAUGCAUGCAGCAGGCAAUGAGAGACCGAAAAAGCGAAGACGUAUCGACACAAUAAACCCCGAGCCUAAUAAUGAUCAUGCAAGGAAACAUAAUCCCGUAAUCACCAUUUCCGUCCCUUUGCCUCCAAAUUGCCUCAGCGGCGCUUUUCGGUGCCAUAAUCAUCGACGCUCCUGGCUCAAGUCAAAGACCCGCCAAAUCCAGCACGAGCACGGCGUCACGAUUCUUAGCCAUUCCUACGAGGGCUCCGACGCACUCUUCAACUGUAGAGUCCCCCUCCUUCUCCUGGGCACACAGUCGACAAACAUGACCGCAGCGGCACGCAAAGCGCUACAUCUGAGCUUAAAGCCAAUCUCCCACAAUCAAUUAGCGAUCCCCGAAGCCGGAAGCCUAACCAAUCUAUUUCCAAGAGGCCAUCCUCCCCUUCUUCAUUUCACCCGGGGUGCCUCACUCCCACCGGCGCAACGUCCGACCUGUCGGAAUCUAGGGUCCAACUCCCGGCAGACACUUCCAGAUAUAUGCCCCUUCUACACGAAUCGAGGACAGAACAUUGCCUUGAAAUCAACUCUCCCUCGUCACAAUCAACAGAUCGUGCAACAGAAGCGAAUGGUAAAUUCGGUGCUUGCGCAUCAUCUUCUACGCCUCGCACUACGCGAUCAGGCACCCCAGUUGGGCACCAGGGGCUACACACGACAUCAACAAUAGUCAACGAUGGACUUAACUAUACCCGUAUGCUACCCUUCUCAACUCUGUCAACCACGUCAUUCCGCUCUGGCGUAUUGCGCAUCAAACCCCUUCCAGACUCUCCUUCGACGCGACCACGAUCACGAGAAUCACAAACUUGCGCACCCACCCGGGAAUGCGUAGAGAGCGAGGAUGAAGAUCCUGAAGUUGCUCUGCGAUCUGCGCGGGAUGACGAUGUUGUCGCGCAUAGGCCACCCAGCACAAGUCUGCCGGAUUCUAACCUUGUAGCGGCCGAGAGUUCCUCACGUUGCGGAUCACCUCUAGGGAGUCGAAACUGUCGAAACGUGUCGCCAGCCCC